AUGCAGUAUAACAAAUUGGUCAAUACACUUUUGGAUGUUCCUACAAAAGAAUAUCCAAAAAGGAGAUUUCUUUUAACUAAACUUCUUGGUUGUGGUGCGGAAGGAGGAGCCUUUCUUGCUUCCGCCUCUGAUUGGGGCAAUAAUCCUUAAUAAGUAGUAAUUAAAAUACAAAAAAACAUGAAACCUAAUGAAAAAUAAUUUCUUAGUUGUUUAUUAGAGUACCAAAAUUUAUAUGAAAAUGGAAAUAAUUAAUAAUAUCUUCCUACUUAUUUAAUCAGAAUAUAUGAAAAUUUUUAAUGGUAAUAGAAUCAUUGCAUUGUUAUGGAAGUUGGACAAGAAGAUUUAUAUAGUUUCAUAAAUAAAAGUAGGAAUGUAUCAAUAUAAGAAAAAGAACAAAUUUGUUUUUAGGUAAAUAUUUUAAUAAAUAUAAUUAUAGAUUAUUUACCCAAUUCUAUUUCUACAUUAAUAGAAGUUAAUCCAUCGAGAUAUUAAACCAGAAAAUUAUAUUAAAGUAGGAAAUGUUUUUAAACUUAUUGACUUUGGUUUAAUUAGGAGUUCGUUAUCUGAUGAUAAAACUAUAUAAGUUGGUAGUACAAUAUUUCAAGCACCAGAAAUUAUAGAAAAUAGAAGUGAUUAUACAGAUAAAGUUGAUAUCUGGUCAUUAGGAUGUGUUUUUUAUGAAAUAUUAGCAACUAAACCUUUGUUUGAUGGUAUAAAUAAAUUUAUAAUCUUAGGAUAAACUUAUUAAGAAGUAACUAAUAAUAUUAAAAGUCAUAAAAAUUACCCAGUUCCUGUUAAUAAUAAAAUCAAUUAAUUAUAAAUUUCAUAAUAAUUUAAAACCAUUUUAAGUUCAAUGCUAAUUUAUGAUGAAAAGAAAAGGCCAUCAAUAUAAUAAGUUUAUGAUUAAUUCAAAAGUUACUUAAAUCCAUAAUAAAAAGUAAUUCCAUAAAUUAUACCCAAACCAGAUAUUCCAUAACAAAAAUAACAAUAAGAAAGUAAUUAACAACAAUAAAUUAAGCUUCAAAAUACAAAUUGUGCUAAUAAAUCUGAAAAUAAUAGUUCUGAAUAAUAAAAUUAAAUUAUCCAAAAUAAAGAACUUAAUUAAAAUUAAUAAUAACCAAAGAUUGAUGAUGUAAUCAAAAAAGACUAGAUUAAAUCAGAAGAAUUUAAUAAAUCCUAAUUAAUUUAGAUAUAAAAAAUUGUUGAUAGCAUGGUAGAAUCAAAACUUAAGGAAACUUAAAAUUAAUUAAUAUAAAGAGAAUAGGAAAUUAAAUAGUUAAAUUAGAAAAUAUCAGAUAUAACUAAUGUUAUGAAUAAAAAACAAUAAGAGGAAUAAGUAAAUUAGAAUAAAAUAAAUCAAAUUAAUUAAGGUAAAUUUAAAGAAAUCGAAUCUUAAGUAUAAUCAAUAUAAUAGUAAAAGUCUAAUAAUGAAAAAUAUAAUUAAGAUGAGAAAUUCUAAUAAUUCCAGUCAGAAAUAAUGAUAGUAUAGUAAUAAUUAAAAUAAAUAUAAUAAUAACAAUCAUUGUAGAAUAUAGAAUAAUAAAGCCAAUAAAAAACACAAGAAAUAAUUCAAGAAAAUAAUAAGUUGUUUAAAGAAUAAGAAGUUAAACUUUAAGAAUUCUUAAACAAAAAUAUUUAAGAAUAAAAUUAAUAAUUGACUAUAAAAUUGGAUGAAAUAUAAAAAGAAUUUAACAAAUUUAAGGAAUAAUAAAUGGAAAUAAAUAAUCGAUGUUUGAAUAUUGAAUAAGAUAAUUAAAAAAAAUAAUAAGAAAUAUAAAAUAUCACUGUUUAAUGUGAAGGAAUUAAUAAGACUAUAUAUGAAAUAAAAAUUUAAUAGGAAAAUCUAUAAAAUUCAUAGGUGAAAGAAACAUAGUUAAAUUUAUCAAAUUAAAAUAGAAUUGAUGAGAAAGAUAAAUAGAUAAGUGACAUUUAGAAUAAAUAAUGUAUUUUAACUAAUAAAAAUGAAGACUUUGAAUAUCAUAUAUUUUUUAUAUUGAUUUAAAUUAAUAAGCCUACUUUAUCAACUCAAUAUAAAAAUAAUUAAUAUGUAUUAUUGGAGAAAUUCUAAAUUUUUCAAUUUUUGAUGCUGCAUUAUAUUAGAUAAUUUUAAAUAAAUAUCACUUUGAUAAAAGAGUUUUAGUUUAAUAUUAAUAUGAAUUCUGUAAGAGUCGAUACAUUUAUUUUAAGCAUUAAUUUAAAUCUAUUUUACAAAUUUUAAAGACUUAAGACUCAUGAAAAUAAAAUAGAUAAUAAAGAAUUUUCUUGA